AUGGCGGCCGCGGGCUUGGUAGCUGUGGCAGCGGCCGCGGAGUACCCCGGCCCAGUGGCGUCCGGAGCAAACCUCUCCGGUGCGAACUGUGGGCCGAGCCCCGGGGUGGGCCCCGGUCCUAGCCCGGGCUCGUGGAGCCGCUCGGUCGACCGAGCCCUGGAGGAGGCGGCGGUCACCGGGGCGCUGAGCCUGAGCGGCCGGAAACUGAGGGAGUUUCCCCGGGGAGCGGCCAACCACGACCUGACGGACACCACCCGGGCUGACCUGUCACGAAAUCGCCUCUCAGAAAUCCCUAUGGAAGUGUGUCACUUUGUUUCUCUGGAAAGUCUUAACCUGUACCAGAAUUGUAUUCGAUAUAUCCCAGAGGCCAUUCUAAACUUACAAGCUCUGACGUUCCUAAAUAUUAGUCGGAACCAACUGUCAACAUUGCCCGUGCACUUGUGUAAUUUACCAUUGAAAGUCUUAAUUGCUAGCAAUAACAAAUUGGUCUCACUUCCUGAAGAAAUUGGACAUCUCAGACAUUUGACGGAACUUGAUGUGAGCUGCAAUGAAAUUCAAACCGUACCUUCCCAAAUUGGUAAUCUGGAAGCCUUGAGAGACUUUAAUGUAAGAAGAAAUCAUCUAGUACGCUUGCCUGAAGAGCUGGCAGAGGUGCCUUUGAUACGACUGGACUUCUCCUGCAACAAAAUCACAGCAAUCCCCGUUUGUUACCGGAAUCUUCGGCACCUGCAGGUGAUCACCCUGGAUAACAACCCGCUGCAGUCGCCUCCUGCACAGAUUUGCAUAAAAGGCAAAAUUCACAUAUUUAAGUACCUGAACAUACAAGCUUGUAAGAUUGCUCCAGAUCUGCCGGAUUAUGAAAGGAGACCCCUAGGGUUUGGCUCCUGCCAUGAAGAACUGUACUCAGGCCGUCCUUAUGGAGCCCUUGAUUCAGGCUUCAAUAGUGUGGAUAGUGGUGAUAAGAGGUGGUCAGGGAAUGAGCCUACAGAUGAAUUUUCAGAUCUGCCUCUCCGAGUGGCAGAGAUUACUAAAGAGCAAAGACUGCGGAGAGAAAGCCAGUACCAAGAGAAUCGCAGCAGUGUGGUAGUCACAAAUGGCGGAGUGCAGCAUGAUCUGGAUCACAUUGACUACAUUGACAGCUGUACUACAGAAGAAGAGGAAACUGAUGUCAAACAACCCAAAGGCCUGGAUACAGACAGUCUCAGCUCACAGUUUAUGGCAUAUAUUGAACAACGGCGAGUCUCCCAUGAGGCUUCACCAGUAAAGCCAAUAGCUGUUAGAGAAUUUCAAAAAACAGAAGACAUGAAAAGAUACUCACAUCAAAACAGGGUUCCAGUUGAGACAUCAUCUAUGUUAUCACUGCCACUGAGUCACAAUCGGCUUUCACAUUCAGACGCGGAGCCUCAUCAGAGGAGAGAACAGUCGGUUGAGUGCAUGCGGAGAGAGGCAGAGCUUGCUGCCCUGCAGUAUGAGGAGGAGAAAGGAAGGACCAAGCAGAUUCAGAGAGAAGCCGUCUUGGACUUUGUCAGACAAAAAGCAUCACAAAGUCCACAGAGGCAGCAAGCCCCUGGAGAUGGUGAGUGUCCCUUCCCAUCCAGAAGGUCUCAGCACACUGACGAUAGUGCCUUGUUAGUGUCGCUGUCAGGGUUGGAUCGAGUGAGCUGCGUGGCUACCCUGCCUCAUUCUUCUGCCUUCACACCUCUUAAGAGUGACAACAGAGUUAAUGCCACGUCAAGCUUUCCUACAACAGAGACAGUCCAUCAUUCCCCUGCAUAUUCUUUUCCUGCUGCUACCCAGAGAAAUCAGCCCCAGCGCCCUGAAAGCUUCCUUUUCCGAGCUGCUGUUAGGGCAGAAACUAAUAAAGGCCGUGCUUCACCCCUUCCGUCUGCUGCGCCUGCCGCUGAUCCUACGGCUCCUGGGACAAGACAGAGAGAAGAAGAGCUGAAACUAAUAGAUCAACUACGGAAACAUAUUGAGUACCGGUUAAAAGUAUCUUUGCCCUGUGAUCUUGGAGCAGCUCUGACUGAUGGUGUUGUACUUUGCCACUUGGCCAAUCACGUUCGGCCUCGAUCUGUCCCAAGCAUUCAUGUCCCAUCUCCAGCUGUGCCUAAAUUAACAAUGGCAAAAUGCAGGCGAAAUGUGGAGAACUUCCUAGAUGCUUGCAAAAAAAUCGGGGUACCUCAGGAACAAUUAUGUUUGCCUCUGCACAUUUUAGAAGAGAAAGGGUUGAGCCAGGUUGCAGUGACGGUCCAGGCUCUCCUGGAACUUGCCCCACCCAAGCAGCUGCAGCAGCCACAGCUCUCUGCUGUCUGAGGAAUCCCAGGGCCCCGGGUGCUGGCACAGCCAAAACAAGGAGCAGGAGGACGCGAGUGCUGGCGCCGCCUGCUCAGACAACCCCGUGUGUUCCUAGACACCCUGUCUUCACGAUUCCUGCCAGGAAUGUUUUGUUCCAUUUCUCCAUUUUAGGGGAGAUUAAACCCAUCGCCACUAUUUUUGUUUUGUUUUGUUUUGUUUUGAAUGAAGACACAAUUUCUAAAGUGGAACUUUGAUUACUGAGGACCCACCAUGGAAGCCUAAGCUGGCUGUGCUUUUCUUCAUGGGGAGCAAGUUUCUAUUCCAUGCCAGAACCAGUGCCUUCACAGCCGGGUAUUUAGCUCUCAAAGGACAGACAUGCUAUUAUCUCUGCCAGUUCCCGGGGUGUCACUGGUUUCCACAGUUGGCCUUCGUUCUCCUAGAGCACUUGUGAAAUCCAGGUUUGCAUCAAAGGGUGGGCUGUGGCCUGGGAACCUGCAUUUUCCGCAGACAUUUAUAGGUGUUUCUCAGGCAAUAGAGACUGCUAUUCUGAGACACAUAGUUACGUGGUUUGAGGGUAACAACCCGACUGCAGUUUUCAACCACAUUUAAAUCAAAGGCUGUCUGUAUUAUGAUGACUUGGACUUUGCUGUCAGAGAGAACAAAACCAUAGAGGAGCUCUAGAUUCUACACAGUGUAACAGGUUUUUAAAGCCAGAGCGCAGGCCCCUCCCCAGCCCAGCCCACCACCCAUCUUUUUCUAGAGUGUGGCUGUGUGCCUUGCCCUGCUAGGCCCACUCCACAGUUCUAAGCCGUAAGGUAACGUGCUACCCAGCAGUGUUUGCAUUUGCCUCCAUGAGCCUGCCAUGCUGAUCCGGGCACCCAGACCAGGCACACUCACAACUCCCUGCUCCCGGAACACAGGAUACACAGCCCGAAGGACUGAAGGAAGCCAAAUUGCUAACAGCACUUGCAGUUGACAGCCAGUUUCCACACUCAGAGCAGCUUCCUGUCUCUCUCUCCUCGGUCCCUCCCAGAUCCUCCAACUGUGCCUUACACAUAGCUGUGAGCAGAUUGCAGAAGGGCCUAGGGCUCUAGUACAAAGUAGGCAUCUUUAUUUCAAUUUAAGCACCGAAGUUUUCCUUCCCUAGGUUUUGCCCUUUUAGUUGUUAGUUGUCUUUGGUGUUCACUGCAUUUAGAGCCCAGAUAGCUUAAAUACUGGACUAGGGUUUCCAUUCCCAGCACCAAGGUGCAGAGAAGCACACAAGCCUGUGAUUCCAGACAUUCUAAAGUGGAAGCUGGAGGAUCAGGAUUUGGGGUGCAUGCUAGGCAGGGACCACCUACAGUCCACCCGGGCUACAUUACUUUGGGGCUGAAGAGCUGGCUCAGCAGUUAAGAGCACUUGCUGCUCUUGCAAAGAGGGUCGGGAUUCAGUUCCCAACACCCACAAGUCAGUUCACAACUGCUUGUAACUCCAAGUCUAAGGGUCUAAGGCACUCUGAUGGCUUCCACAGGUCCAGGCACACACACACACACACACACACACACACACACACACACACACACACAUGAAUCAUACAAACACGAAGUAAAACAAACACUCAUACACAUAAAAAUGAAUAUUAAAAAUAUAUAUCCCCUCCUUCUGGCAUGUAGGUGAACAUGCAGAGAACUCCUGUAUUUAAAAAAAAAAAAAUACAUAGAUAAAUUUGGGGCUAGAGAGAUGGCUCAGGGGUUAAGAAUACUGGCUGCUCUUCUGAGGUCCUGAGUUCAAUUCCCAGUACCACGUGGUGGCUCACAACCGUCUAUAGUGGGAUCUAAUGCCCUCUUUCUGGCGUGCAGGUGUACAUGCAGACAGAGCACACAUACACAUUUGUAUGCGUAAUAUUUAAGAAUAUAUAGCCUUUCCCUAAAAGUGACUUUGAACAAAAUCAUUUUGAGUAUCUGGUCAAAGUAAUGCUUUCUCCUUGUUAGUGCAGAGAAGUGUUUAUUUGGACAGUGCCACUUUGUCCAAGUUCAGAAGCAGGUAACAGCAGCCAGGCAUGGUGGCACAUGCCUGUAACUCAGGAGACUAGGGCAAGGAGGUCAUGAAUUUAAGGCCAGCCUGGGCUACUCAGCAAGACCUUAAGAAAGAGUAAAUAAGUGUACCAGAAGGCAUCUGCGCUCCUGCCCAACCCGCCGUGGUCCUCACAGAACAGCAGCCCAGCUCAGAGCCCAGCUCUGCCCAUCAGCAGUUCAGACUGAGCAGCAGCCGCAGAGCUCACUUACACCAGCCGUCCAUCUGAGCAGGAGAUGCACUUUCCUUUUAACCAGCAUUCACCCUCGGCAUAAUUCCUUAAGUCUGGAUUUUAAAUGUGUAGAAAAUGAGUCCAGAAGAAAUGACCCAUUAUAACACUUGCAGUAGCUACAAGAGUUCCUAAGAGUAAGUUGACAUUGCGAGCAUGGUGGCACGUGCCUUUUAAUCCCAGCUCUUGAGGGGCAGAGGAGGGAGAUCUGGUCUACCUAGUGAGACCCAGGCAAGCCAGGGCUCCAUAGUGAGGCCCUAUCUCAGAAAGAUGAGGACAUUCCAGUGUUUCAGUUGCCACACCAACGCAGACUUGAGUGACUAGGAAGGAGCUGCGCAGUGCUGGCAAGCCAGUAACUCGAAGGCUGUGCUGCACUCCCACACAAGUCAGGACUUUGUGAGGCCUGUGUCUUUCUAUACGUUUCCAAAUUGGAAAGGACAGUUCAUUUGUAUAUUUAACCAUGCUGGACUCCAGCAGAAGACAGAGUUAGCUGUGUCCUAGUCCCCUGGCUGGAAACAGCUACCUGGCCAGUGCUAACAUGGAUAAGGCAAGUGCCUGCUUAGCCCUGCCUUGCCACCUACAGAGAUUUUAUGUCAGCAGUCUCCAGGCUCCGGGUGGCAUCUCUGCCUAGCGCUCCAACCAGGAUUCUCCUGUAAUGAGCAGGUCUGAUGGACUCUGGGGAGGAGGAACCUUUGUGUCGGGCUAGAACAGGCUAGAAAAGGUGGAGCAGUGGGUGUUUCCCAACCAGCAGCUCUGUAAAUACACCCUUGCAACUAAUCAAGAAGCCUGUCAUUUCUUUGGCUUCCUCUAGUCAGCAAGGACUAAUAACAUGUGAUAAGCUGAUGAGUUUGAUGGAUUUUUAAGAACUAAGUACUAAAAUGGUUGUAGAAAUGAAGGAAAACUUGGUUAUGUAGAAGCCUUUUAUAGACACAUUGCAGUGAGAUGGUUUACAGCAGACUGUAUUUCUGAAAUGUUAUAAACAUGUAAUUAGUAAAAAGUUUUGUAAACAUUGUCCUAUAUUUGUAUGUCUGUAAAUAUUUUGUCCAAGUUCUAAGUAUAAAUAUGUCAAUACUGUGUAUGUUAUUUUAAAUUGCUUGUAUGUCAUCUUAUAUGUGGACCAUUAAAAUAAAAGCCAAUACUUCAGUAGCAUGUAAUAAAACACUUGAAAUGUUCCA